GAAAGGGGGAAAGAACGGUCGAACGAGGUCGAAGGUGGGGAGGCGAAACGACGACGAAAAAUUUCUCCUUUGGGUUAAGUUUUUGCAUUUUAAUUACCUCGCGAUCGAUUUUUCCCUUCCAAUUGCGGUUUCGGGGGAGUUUGAGCUGGCGAAGAGGACGAGGCGAGAGGGAGCCUUAUACAGGUAAAGGGAAUUUGUUUGUGGAAGAGACUUAUAGGACGUACAUAAUCUUUUUCCUUUGAUUUUUUUCCAACAGGGUUUUUAUUUGGGAAGAAUGGGAGAAAAUAAAUCCGUAGGAAAAAGAUGGGAGGAUAUGGAAACUGAUGUCCUGGUGAAGAUAUUCAAGCAAUUGAACAUGAUUGAGCUGGGCCCAGUUUCUCAAGUUUGUCGCUCGUGGUGCUUGGCUUGCUCAGAUCCGCUCAUAUGGAACGCUCUCGAUUUCGGGCUCUUGAAGUCCAAUUUCAUCCAAACCAGGGCAUCACCAUAUAUUUGGGUGGAUGAUUGGUCAGACAGGAGACUGACUCAAUUAUUGAGGGUGGCGAUGGGCAUCAGUCGUGGAAACGUGGCUUGCAUGAUAUUCCAUUUCAAUUUGUAUAUGAAGGACGAACAUCUGACUUACAUUUCUGAGAGGUCCCCUCAUCUCAAGCGGCUAGUUAUGCCAGCGUGGAACCGCAUAACCAAGAACGGGAUAUGCCAAGCUAUUAGAAGAUGGUCAGAGUUAGAAUCAAUGACCAUGCCAACCAUCGCGCACCCUCCGUACAUCAUGGAGGAGAUCGGCAAGAACUGCAAGAACUUUUCCGAGCUCAAGAUCAUGGGCUCAUUUGAUGCCCAAUUCGCCACCGCAAUCGCCGCCCACCUCCCGAACCUAAAAGUUCUAAGCCUCCGGUGCUCGAGGGUCGCGAAGGAAGCCAUCCUAUACCUCUUAAACUGCUUGGAGCACCUCGAGGUGCUGAACAUCGCCCACUGCAUGUUGUUCGACGGGCCCAUGUUGCACCCGGGGCGGAGACAGAGCCUCAGGGAGCUGGAUCACACCGUCCAUGAGAAGGCCGCGCGGCUGAGAGAGUUUUACCACUGCCAGAGCUUAUCCUGCAUUGCCUGCCAGAGGAUGAUCGCAGAUGAAGGGCUGAUGAGGUGGUAUCGGUACGAAGAGUGUUUCUGGCGCCAAGACGAGAUCAGCUCCCUCGAUUUGGGGGAUUAUGGGAAGUUGUUCGAUGCGAAAUGCGAGACAAAUGCGAGAGAGCGACCGCCACUUCGUAGAGACAGAGAGAUAAGACUGUAAUAAGUAGGUAGCCCUCUUACCUAGAUGGUCAUGUGUAAAGAGUGGAUGACUUGAAGAACUGUGGGAAAAUUGUUUUCUGUUUAGAUUGAGCUGCUCUAAUCUCUGUUUGUGUUUUCGGCGGCGCAGUAUUAAUAAUUGUUGGUCACACUGGGGAAGGGAGGCUGAGUGUGGAGGGCAUGUAAUUGAGUACAUAUUUUCACAAUCCAAUAUUAGGCUUUCCUUAAGUUAUUUUCA